CGUCUGCAGCCCUGCUCUCGCUCUGACGUCAUUUUUCAAUGGUGGGAGGACGUCGAACUGUCAUUUUCUCGAGAUUCAGUUUCUUAUUUUUGUUUAUAAUCGAUUGUGGUCUAUACUUGGAAGUAAUCAGCUCGGCGAGUCCGACACGUCAGCUCCGCGGUGACAUGCCACUAGUGGACCUUACAUAACAACCGCGAUAACCCCCUGUGCCUCCUUUCAUUUCUUUUUUUGUUUUUCGAUGCCGAGAGAAAUGAACGGGCUCUCCUUCAGUGAACUAUGUUGCCUGUUUUGUUGUCCCCCGUUCCCAGCGCGCAUCGCCGCCAAAUUGGCUUUCCUGCCACCGGAACCGACGUAUUCUUUCGUCCCGGACGAAACUGGCACCAAGUUCACCCUGAACCUCACGGAGCGGGCCGAGUGGCAGUACUCGCAACGGGAGCUCGAAGCCAUCGAGGUUUUCUACUCGCGGACCUCGAGGGGAAACCGACUUGCGUGUAUGUUCGUCAGAUGUUCACCCAAUGCGCGGUUUACCGUGCUCUUCAGCCACGGCAACGCGAUAGACUUGGGUCAGAUGAGCAGCUUCUACCUAGGGCUCGGCUCGAGGAUCAACUGCAACAUCUUCAGUUACGAUUACUCCGGCUACGGCGUGAGUACGGGCAAGCCCUCAGAAAAGAACCUGUACGCAGACAUCGAUGCAGCCUGGCAAGCCCUGCGUACGCGAUAUGGAAUCAGCCCAGAGAAUAUCAUAUUGUACGGACAGAGUAUAGGCACUGUACCGACGGUUGAUUUAGCCUCGAGGUACGAAGUUGGAGCUGUGAUUCUACAUUCCCCGCUUAUGUCGGGGAUGCGUGUGGCCUUUCCUAAUACCAAGCGGACUUGGUUCUUUGAUGCCUUUCCUAGUAUCGACAAAAUCCCCAAGGUGUCCUCCCCUGUGCUGGUCAUACACGGCACAGAGGAUGAGGUGAUCGACUUCUCGCACGGAUUGGCCAUCUACGAGCGAUGCCCGAGAGCCGUUGAGCCCUUGUGGGUUGAGGGAGCCGGACAUAAUGACGUGGAACUCUACAGCCAGUACCUGGAGCGUCUCAAGCAGUUUGUCUCGGUCGAACUCACAAACUGACCCUCGCCUUGCUCCCCAGAGGAGCCCAGCCUCCCUGUCUGAGGGGGAGGCACUCUCAUCCGCUGUACAAAACGGUAGAUGACUCAUCUACAUCAGGGAUGUGCGCGCACUACUCAUCGUCUGUGGUGUGGACAGUUGCCGGUGAUAUUUACAAAUGUGGUCACCGACAUUGCCAGAAAUUUGGGUUGCCACGUUGACAUUCCGCUGUGAGGGCCAACAUCUGUGAUGUGAAACGCCGUCUACAAGCGUAGAUGAUUGACCCGUCAUGGCCAUCUACGUUGCCGCUCUUCGGCUGAGACAUCGUGUGGUGCCACACAGUGCAACGGGUGGAUGGUAACAGCCUUUGUUAUCCGUGCGUCUGCAACAAAAUCCACUGAUGCAACAAUCAUCGUAGCUGUAUGCGGACCAUAGUGAUCAACAGUCAGUGUUACUCGCGAGCACAGCAUCAAGAUAUUCAGCAGGAGUGAGCGGUAGUGUUUGUCACUCCAGGCGUAGAGGGCCUUUUCGAACAAAUGGACAGCAUGACGUGAGAAUGGCCAAACAUUUUUGAGUUUUUCCAGAGGAAAUAUAGCUCUUUAUAUAAAAGCUCUUUGGUCACGUGCAUGGUGAUAUAACGCAUUAAUGAGUGCCGCGAGGGUGAGUCAGAUUGAUGAGAGGUUUUGACGAACGUAUUGCAACGAGCAGGAAAUGCUGCAACAAAAUGAUCUGGAGGUUUAAUUGCAUUCCAAGAUCAGCUACAGCUCACUGCUAAGCAGGCCCUGUCGCAUAUUUGUUGUGCAAGUACGAAGCUUCGGUCAUUUUUACAUACUUAAAGGCCCAUUGAGUGGCUCAGUUUCUACAAAUUAAGAAAGCUGCGUAACUGUGUGUGUUGAGAUUAUUGAUGACAGAGCUGUUAUGUGCUGCACAGGCACUAAAAAUACUGCACAGCAACGCGGCAUAACUUGCAGAAGGUCAGGUUGUUUUGCAGGAGGACACAAAAUCAGCUAUGGGACAGCAUCCAAUUUGUACAUCCAAGUGAAAUUUGGCAUAGCAGUAGGCACUGAGUUCCAAAUAUCUUCGGAUUGAAUCCAUUUCCUCACUUCUGUUCUACCUUGUGCAAUUGGAUUUCAUACGUAAGCUUGCUUGUGAUGAACUGAACUGAACCAAGGCGCCGCCUUCUAGUAGCAGGCUGCAGUCGUCGUGGCAAGAAAUUCUAAGGCUUGCGGCACCAUUCAAAAAUAGCCACUGCAGUGUGACUUUAUGUUCAUUAUUCAUUUUCUGGCCUCAUCUGACACAUGAUGAUUAACACUAAGCAGUCAAAACUGAAACCCACUCUAUCUAUAGUUAUCUAAUGCUUCAUUCUUUCGUGAAGCCUCGUGAAGCCUUUUGUGAAGUGUGCAUCAACGAAACUGUGGAAAAUCUACCAGUGUGGAGAAUGGACAGGAAGUCCCACGGCACAUGGUGUAACAUUAAGAUUUGCAGGCAUGAUACUAGAAAAGAUGACUAGAAAAGUUUGAUCGUCAUUGUCGGAUGCACAUGAAAGGAAAAUUGAAAUUCUAAUUAGCUACGGUAAUUAACUUACUAGUUAAAUUUCGUGUUAGGAAAAUGCAUGGUUCCAACCGUAGGGUCGUGGGCCAGCACAACUAAUUAGGAUCAUUUUGUUAUUUUAUAUGAAACAAAGUUAAUUAUUGCAGCGUAUAAAUAAUCAGUUAAAUCUCCUCAUGUGCAUCCUGCACUGACGUCCUGAAGUAUACUAGCUAUCUUGUGAUUCAUGACCUCUGCAAAUCUUUAAAAUUUUGCUCUGCGGUAAAACACACACUGUGGUAUUUGUGUGACACUUCUCUCUGAAGAUACAUUUUGCAGGUCUUGCCUGCAUGGAGGUUUUCUAAAGAAAUGCACCUCUAAGCAUUUCAGGUCGCACUAUUGUUGUACACUGCAAACAAAGAUGGCCUGUACAUAUUUGUAGAAGAAAACUUAUAUAGUACGCUUCUUUUUGUACAUAAAGACUACUUCUGUAUAAUUGAUGAUGUGUCUGGGAACAUUUAGGAUCUCAAAGUGGGACAGAUUGAUCAGUUCGCGUAGAGGCCCGAGGAUGAACUUAUUUCAUAACGAUACUUGAUGCACAGUGUGCUGUGGUUUUCGUUCCUCGUAGCGCAAGCUGCAGUAUUUUCUAGCCUUUACAUCAGGUUUUCUUGCAUUACUUUGAGGAUAAGCUCCCUAUGUACUUUGGGAUUGUAUGCGGAUUCAAAGCAGGGAUGACAUUUUUGAGAUUUCUUAAAUAUGGCAUCCUACACUGACUCAAGUGGUGUGCUGCAUAUUGAAAUGAUGCAGCGUAAUUUUUUCAUGAAAAUUGGAAAGUUUAAUUUCUCGUGGAAUGACAUAUCUCUAGUUCGUACCAGAAUUUUGUGUGUAUAAGCCACCACUGUUGUAUCCCGAUUCGAAAGAUACGUACACCACAAAAAGCAGAUGAUGCGCCAGGACAUACAGAUAAAAUGCAUGUACAUCUUGCCUAUGUCAAAUAUGCCAAUAUGGGCAGCUUCUUUCAAUGGGGCCUGUCCAAGGCAUGUCUCAUUUUCUUAUGAUGAUGAUGAUGAUGAUGAAUCUGGUGGGAAAACAGUGUUGAGUGACCGGCAGUUGAUAUACAUUACGGCUUGCUCUAACCUCUCUUCCGUGGCUUAUACGCACGAAAUUGCAGUAUUGUACAAGAAUGUUCCUUUGUGUAAGACCAGUUGUGGUGGAAUUCACAACUCUCAAGACUUUUUCGCUGUUCAAUUUGGGUAUAGGGUCUUGUGUCUCACGUUUCUUCAUUGCAUCAAAUCCUCUCGAGAACACACAGCCCAAACGUGGCACUUCUUCUGAUUCAUGUAAGACAAAGAAUGCGAUUCUGCAUAAUCCUCCCCUCUGUAUUGCUCAGUUGCCAGAUGCAUCAGAAAUGGCUUCCAUCGUAGCAGGGUUUCCCCCGAUGCCGUGGCCAGCAGGGGGGGUCCCGUUGGAUCCGCGUGCUGGCGAACAUGGUGUUGUUGAAUUCAACCACUGUUAAAUACACACGCUUUCCUCAGUUUCUAUGUGGACUUGUGAGAAAUGCAUAUUUUGUGUAGUGAAUGUCAGUUUUUUUUUCCCCUACUGCAAAUAUAUGUGCUCAAAUGGGGCAUGUUUUUUGGAUGGCUGUUUGAUAAGAAACCAGUGUUUGAAUACUCCUUUGGUAAUAUAUUUAAUUCUGUUUUUGUACGUUGAGUGAGGCAAGGACCAAGGAUUACUAUUCUCUAUUAUGUUGUUUUCAUUUCAUCAUCAACAAGGUAAACAUGAGUGCUCCAAAGGAAAGUAUGAGACACCUGUUAUUCUUGCCAUUAGUUUGCCAUUGCUACUUUCUGUUCAAAGUCUUUUCUCAUUAAACUGUGCACUGUA